AAAAAAAAAGUAAUACAUACACAAAGACAACGAUUAAUAAAUAAAUCACUAUUAAAAUUUCUUCUAUUACAAGUGGACUUGUGGACUUUUCUGGGGAUUAAAAUUUGAAGGAAAUUUCUUCAAAAAAGUAUCCAAAAAAAAAUUAUCAUGUGAAUUGUUAAUUUUAAUUGAACGUCUUACAAUUAAGCUACACUUAAAGUGUCAUAUAAACAAUUAACACAUCACAUAUUAUGUUCCAUUAAAAUUAAUUAAUAAUAGACAAAUUUUAAUCAAAAGGCCAAUGUGAGCGACGAUUUUUUUUUUUUUUAAUUGUUGAAGUAAAUCAAUGCCGCUUACCAAAUUGAGGCUUUACUCUUUCAAUUUUUUUUCUUCUUUCCUACAUGCUCUCUACGAAAUAAUUAUAUUUCCUCUAAUUUCUUAGUCUAUCCCCACAAUUGUUUGAUUUUGUAGUUCAUUUGUACGAAUUGAAGAUCACAUGCCAACAAAUUAUCGUAAUAAAAGUUGCAACAGUUAGAAUCUAGUUGAUGUAUGACUAUUAAAAAUAUUAAUUUAGUUCAAAUGUAUAUAGGUCAAUGAAAGUUCCCAUUAACACAACCUUGUUGUAUUUCUUGGCGCGUUUUAUACGUUCCAAGUAUAAUACGGGUAAAAGGCACGUGCCAUGCCAUCAGUUGGACCUUUGCUAACAUAUUUCUCUUACUUCUUUUUUCACAUUCUUUAUUUCAACAGAUAAAGUGGACCCCACUUAAACUUCCCUACGUAUUAUACGUUUAAUACGUUCUAUUAUUUAGUACGCCAAAUGGUGCACCACCUAUAGUUUUCACACGCAAUUUCAAAUUUUUAAAAGCUUUCCUAUGUGACUCUCAUAUCAAAGUUCUCAAAGGAAAAGAAAGUGAUCGCUAUCACAACACACACCCCAUGUCUAUAUAAUCUCUUCUUGUUUAAUCAAACCCAUCACAUUUUCUUGUUGAGAGGAGUAGAUAAAGGAUGGCACACAUGAAUGCUGUGAAUUCUAGUUCCAGAAAUCCAACUCCAACGAGGGAGAUUUUGGACAAAUGCUUCAGGGAGACACAAGAUAUAUUUGACAAACUCUUCAAGGCAUUGUUUGGUGUGAUUUCCUUCAAGUCCACAGCUACGGGAGAAGCAUUGUUCAUAGCACACCCCAAUGUGAUGAUGGUUAUGGUUUUGAUGAUUGUGUUGUACUUCUCACUCUGGCUGCUUGGAACAAUCCUUCCACAGCAUAGGGGGAUCUUGCAACUAGUCUUGCUCCUCAUCAUGAUUGUGAUUGCAAGCGUUUUUUCAGUUUUGGUUAUGACCAUUAUAUCUUCUCUUUCACUCCUUGAUUGCCUAACUAUCACUUUCAUUCCAUGGGGUGCUGUUUUUGCUUUGACGGCUUAUUGCUGUUAUCAAGAGCUCUAUAAUUUGGUUGGACUUGCAAUUUCAGAUACAAUCAACCAACUGAUUCAUCAUUACAGGAUACACAGCACAAGGGUACCUGUCUAGGCCAAGCUUUAUCAAUUUAUCAUCAUCUUCACAUUUUGUUGCUUACUGCAUACCCACAGGAAUUUUCCCAGAUUAGUUGUUGGGGUCAUUUUUGUUCUUGUAUUUUUACUUCUAAGGGGUGUACCCAAUACCAUGUAACUUUUGUGUGUUUUGCUCAAAUGACAGAGUGUUGUUAGAAAUAUAUUUUCACAAGUGGGGGUUUAGCAGUUAAA